AUGUCAGACGGGUUUCGCGUGAUCGUAGGAUCUGACCAAGCGGGUUACGAGUACAAGGAAGCGAUCAAAGCUGAUCUCCAAAAAAACAAAGCAGUGGCCAGUGUUGUUGAUAUUGGAGUUGGUGACAACGCCGAUGGGACGGCGUAUCCACUGGUGGCAAUUGAGGCAGCUGAAAGGAUUGCCAGAGGUGAAGCAGAUCGUGCCGUUCUUAUCUGCGGUACCGGACUUGGAGUUGCCAUUUCUGCCAACAAAGUUCCUGGGAUCCGUGCAGCUACAGCCCAUGACUCAUUCAGCGUUGAAAGAAGCAUUCUUUCAAACGAUUGUCAGAUAUUGUGCAUGGGACAGAGAGUGAUUGGCCUUCACUUGGCCCGGAGACUGGCAGCUGAGUGGUUUGCCUACAAGUUUGACAAUUCCAGUGCUUCUGCGGAUAAGGUGAACACGCUUACUGGAUAUGAGAUUUCAAGGAAAGCAGUUGUUUGA